AACAGUCAAAGCGUCUACAUGCACUGGGAGGGGGGCUACCUCUCUCUCUCUCUGUCGGUAUCACUGCAGAGCUGAGCUGCAGGGGCAGCAGAGCCAGAGAGAAGAGAGAGCUCCAACUCCCGACCAGUAAGACAGACCGACAAGGCAAGGCAAGCAGGCAGGCAGACACACAGCCGGACCAUCAUGGACUGGAUGAGCGCAGAGAAACCAGUAUCCGGAUGAGACAGGACGCCGUGGCUUCUGUUAAAAGGGGGGGACUCUGCUGUAUUUCUGCGUGGAAUAACCGACAACCCUUUGGGAGAUUUAACCCCGUGAUACCCGUGAUGGAAUACCCACACUCUUCUCAUUCCCUAAUUUUACUCCUCUUCUCCUCCUCCUCUUCCUUCUUCUCCUCCAUCACCUCCACCUCCUCUUCUCCUCCAUCCUCUCACAUUUUGACACGCUGCUGAAGAUGCGCACGAAUGCGUCUUUUGCGCACUUGCAUUGCGACCGCGACUGAAAAGCGCCGGUGAUUUUUGUUUAGGGUUUUCAUUUUUUUCAUACCCGUUGUUCCAAGAAGACAAGAGGAGGGAGGACGAUAGUGUUGGAUACCUGAGCGAAAGGGAAGGUGUGAAUCGAAUCCAACUCGGCGGUGCUGGUUUCGUGUUUCUCGCUUAGAGGGCCCGGAUGUACCGAGGGAUGCACCGGUGCGUUUUUCCAACCGGUUCCGCCGAAAGCUCCCUCUUUUUUCUCGCCUUCACCUCCAUCAUGGGAAUUAGGUAAUAUUCACUCCAUCCAAAGAGACUCCCAUAAACACAAACAACGGGAAUACCCCCUCAGAAACUGUCCGUUUCAGACAGUUGGCUCUUCUUCCCCCCUCCCCACCCCCUUCCUCACCCCCUUUUUCUUCUUUGAUUUCUUUAUUUUUUGGGGGGGGCUUGUUAUUUUCCCCUCCCUUUCCAUUCACUUAUAAGGAUAACGCCGGACUACAUUUAUGGUAAAUGAAAGCAAAAACAUGUACAUCCCGGAGGACACCUUUGAGAACCAUCAAGGCUCCGACUACUCUCCCCCUCCCCUCCCUCGGCCUCCUCCGGUUGGCUUGACGAACGAGCACAGAGGCGGCGGUAGCCAUGGCGACCACAGCGGCGGGGGAGGAGGGGUCAACCGUGGGGUGGGUGCGGUUGGCCUUGCACCGGAGCACAUUCCCACCCCGGGAGCAGCCCUGAGCUGGCAGGCGGCCAUUGACGCCGCGCGGCAGGCAAAGAUGAUGGGCAACGCUGCGUCAGGCGGAGGGGCGGGGCUCGGGUCGGGCGGGGGCGGCCCCAUUUCCACAGCCAGCUCCACGCAAAGGAAGAGACAACACUACGCUUCUAAACCCAAGAAACAAACCACGACGACAGCCACGAGGCCGCCGCGGGCCCUGCUUUGUCUCACACUCAAGAACCCCAUCCGCCGGGCGUGCAUCAGCAUCGUGGAGUGGAAACCAUUUGAGAUCAUCAUCCUGAUGACCAUCUUUGCCAAUUGUGUGGCCUUAGCCGUCUACAUCCCCUUCCCCGAGGAUGACUCGAAUGCCACCAACUCCAACCUGGAGCGUGUGGAGUACCUGUUCCUUAUCAUUUUUACUGUGGAGGCGUUCCUCAAGGUAAUAGCUUACGGCCUGCUCUUCCACCCCAACGCCUACCUGAGGAACGGCUGGAAUCUGCUCGACUUCAUCAUUGUAGUAGUAGGGUUAUUCAGUGCGAUUUUGGAACAGGCCACAAAGGGAGACGGGGCCACUCCGAUUGGCGGGAAGGCGGCAGGCUUCGAUGUCAAGGCUCUGCGGGCAUUCAGAGUACUAAGACCGCUCAGACUGGUCUCUGGAGUACCCAGUUUACAAGUCGUGUUGAACUCCAUAAUCAAAGCCAUGGUUCCUCUGCUCCACAUCGCCCUCCUGGUCCUCUUCGUCAUCAUCAUCUAUGCCAUCAUCGGCCUGGAGCUCUUCAUGGGCAAGAUGCACAAGACCUGCAAAUACAGCAAUCCAGAAGCAUAUGCAGAGGAAAAACCAGCACCAUGUGCACCUGACGGCGCUUACGGUCGGCACUGCACGCAGAACGGAACCAAGUGCCAAAUGGGUUGGGCAGGCCCGAAUGACGGAAUCACCAACUUUGACAACUUUGCCUUUGCCAUGCUGACAGUGUUCCAGUGCAUAACCAUGGAAGGCUGGACGGACGUGUUGUACUGGGUGAAUGACGCAGUAGAUUACAGGUGGCCCUGGGUCUAUUUUGUGACCUUAAUCAUCAUCGGCUCCUUCUUUGUGCUAAACUUGGUUUUGGGGGUGUUGAGCGGAGAGUUUUCCAAGGAAAGAGAAAAGGCCAAGGCACGUGGUGACUUCCAGAAACUACGAGAAAAACAGCAACUGGAGGAGGACCUUAAGGGCUAUUUAGACUGGAUCACUCAGGCUGAAGACAUCGACCCAGAGAACGAAGAGGAGGGCUUGGACGAUGACAAACCCAGAAACCGUAAAGGUCGACAUUUUCUCUCUCUGCGUGGAGCCGUGAAGAAAAACGCGGCUUUCCUUCGUAAGGCGUUGAGCAUGCCAGCCAGUGAAAAUGAAUCAGUCAACACAGAUAACCCUCCCGGGGGAGACGUGGAGGGGGAGACCUGCUGCACCAGACUGGCAAUUAGGAUCUCCAAAUCCAAGUUCAGUCGCUACUCUCGCAGGUGGAACAGGUUGUGCAGGCGAAAGUGUCGAGCAGCAGUCAAGUCCCAGGUUUUCUACUGGCUGGUCAUCUUCCUGGUUUUUCUCAACACCCUGACCAUCGCCUCUGAACAUCACAAGCAGCCGCAGUGGCUAACAGACGUGCAAGAUAUAGCAAAUAAAGUAUUACUAGCGCUCUUCACUGGUGAGAUGCUCCUAAAGAUGUACAGUCUUGGUCUACAGGCAUACUUCGUGUCGCUCUUCAACAGGUUCGACAGCUUCGUCGUGUGCGGAGGAAUACUAGAGACCAUUCUAGUUGAAACAAAGAUCAUGUCUCCUCUUGGCAUCUCAGUGUUGCGUUGCGUGCGCCUGUUGAGAAUAUUUAAAAUAACAAGAUACUGGAACUCUCUCUCCAACCUCGUGGCCUCCCUACUCAACUCAGUUCGUUCCAUUGCCUCCCUGCUGCUCCUGCUCUUCCUCUUCAUUAUCAUCUUCUCGCUGCUGGGCAUGCAGCUCUUCGGGGGGAAAUUCAACUUUGACGACACCAGACGGAGCACCUUUGACAACUUCCCCCAGUCUCUGCUCACUGUGUUCCAGAUUCUAACAGGAGAAGACUGGAACUCCGUUAUGUAUGAUGGCAUCAUGGCGUACGGAGGCCCGUCUUUUCCUGGCAUGCUGGUCUGCAUCUACUUUAUCAUCCUCUUCAUCUGCGGAAACUACAUCCUACUGAAUGUCUUCUUGGCCAUCGCUGUUGACAAUCUAGCAGAUGCUGAGAGUCUGACAUCGGCUCAGAAAGAAGAGGAGGAGGCGAAGGAGAGGAAAAAACUGGCCAGGCUUGCCAGUCCAGAGAAGCGUCAGGAUAACAAGAAGCCACCGAUAGAGGAAAAGAAGAGUGAGAAGAUUGAGCUGAAGUCCAUCACUUCUGAUGGAGAAGCCAACACUGCAACCAAGAUCAACAUGGAUGACUGCUGUGGAGAUGAAAAUGAAGAGAAGAACCCAUAUCCUGUGAAUGAUUACAUAGGUAGAGUGCACAGAGAUGAGGAUGAGGACGAGCCGGAGAUGCCGGUGGGCCCGAGGCCGCGGCCGCUCUCUGACAUUCAGCUAAAGGAGAAGGCCGUUCCCAUGCCCGAGGCCCGCGCCUUCUUCGUCUUCAGCCACACCAACAAAUUCAGGGUUCUGUGCCACAAGAUUGUCAACCACAACAUCUUCACCAAUCUCAUCCUGUUCUUCAUCCUGCUCAGCAGCAUCAGCCUGGCGGCAGAGGAUCCGGUCAAGAACGACUCUUUCAGAAAUCAGGUAGCAGAUUGAAUUAUAAACUUGACUUCCAGAUACUUUGCCUCUUUACCUCUUUAUCAUCUUAUUCCCUAUUCUGUGCCAAUGAAUUUCCCGUAGCAUAACUGUCCAUUUCUUAUGUUAGUUAAAUAUUCCGAUGAAUAUGUGUGGAAUAUGCUUAAAUUUGUCUGCGUUUUAAUGUACUUUUCUCUCACGUUU